AUGCGUGAAAUUGUUCACAUCCAGGCUGGUCAAUGUGGAAACCAGAUUGGAGCAAAGUUUUGGGAAGUGAUCAGUGAUGAGCAUGGUAUAGACCCCACUGGCAGCUACAAUGGGGAUUGUGACCUGCAGCUGGAAAGGAUCAGCGUCUACUAUAAUGAUGUUGCCGAUAACAAAUAUGUGCCCCGUGCCAUUCUUGUGGACUUGGAACCAGGAACAAUGGAUUCAGUCAGGUCUGGACCUUUUGGGCAGCUUUUCCGUCCCGAUAACUUUGUAUUUGGUCAGAGUGGUGCUGGCAAUAACUGGGCAAAGGGUCAUUAUACGGAAGGUUCGGAGUUAGUGGACUCUGUCAUUGAUGUGGUGAGAAAAGAGGCAGAGAGCUGUGACUGUCUGCAGGGAUUCCAGCUCACCCACUCCCUUGGCGGAGGGACUGGUUCUGGUAUGGGCACUCUGCUAAUCAGCAAAAUUCGAGAAGAAUAUCCUGACCGCAUAAUGAAUUCUUUCAGUGUCAUGCCAUCUCCUAAGGUUUCAGACACUGUGGUUGAACCUUACAAUGCAACACUCUCUGUGCAUCAGCUGGUGGAGAACACUGAUGAGACCUACUGCAUCGAUAAUGAGGCUUUAUACGAUAUUUGCUUUCGUACUCUCAAGUUGGCCACUCCUACUUAUGGAGACCUCAAUCACCUGGUAUCAGCUACCAUGAGUGGUGUCACCACCUGUCUUCGCUUUCCUGGUCAACUAAACGCAGAUUUACGCAAACUAGCAGUUAAUAUGGUGCCUUUCCCACGACUUCAUUUCUUUAUGCCAGCUUUUGCACCACUGACUAGCCAGGGAAAUCAACAGUAUCAUGCCUUAACCGUGUCAGAGCUUACUCAGCAAAUGUUUGAUGCAAAAAACAUGAUGGCAGCAUGCGAUCCGCGGCAUGGAAGAUACCUGACUGUGGCUGCAAUUUUCAGGGGCAGAAUGUCUAUGAAAGAAGUUGAUGAACAGAUGCUCAAUGUCCAGAACAAAAAUAGCAGUUAUUUUGUAGAAUGGAUUCCCAAUAAUGUGAAAACAGCUGUCUGUGACAUCCCACCACGAGGCCUCAAAAUGUCUGCUACCUUCAUUGGCAAUAGCACUGCAAUCCAGGAGCUUUUUAAGAGAAUAUCUGACCAGUUCACAGCUAUGUUCCGCAGGAAAGCCUUCUUACACUGGUAUACUGGUGAAGGUAUGGAUGAAAUGGAAUUCACGGAGGCUGAAAGCAACAUGAAUGACUUGGUCUCUGAGUAUCAGCAAUAUCAGGAUGCAACUGUAGAUGAUCAGUGUGAAUUUGAGGAGGAUGAGGGAGAAGAUGAAAUGUAG